AUAGACAAUAUGUCUGUGACGAAAACAGAAAAAAAAAAACUAAUUUCUAUCAUACUGAACAUAUUUACAUAAUAUACUUUAACAUUUAUUUUGCUCUAAUCUACAUAUUUCUGACUGUUACAAACAAAAUAAUUAACCGGUGAAGUGAAUGGAAAUAAUAGAGAACUAUCUGCUGAUGUGCAGAGCUAAGAAAACAAUUAUUUUUACUAAUUAGUUGUUUGGAGUGUUAUUACACUCCAAACAACUAAUUAUUACAUUUUAUAAAAGGAAGGGUACGACUGAUUUUGACAGAAAUGUUAUAAAAUUCUAUAUUUUAAAUAGAUUACUCCUAUUUUUAAAUUAGUUUCCAUUUUUCAUUGACUAAAAAGGUAACACUGGUAUAAUAUUAUACAAAUUAUAUUUUAAAAGUCUCAAGUAUGGAGAAUGAACAACGUUUUCAAAGAAUAAAAGGUGGAGUAUUUCUAGCAACUGUUGCUGGUAUAUCAGCAUUUAUUGGUUUUAGCGCUACUUUAGCUGCAGCGAAAAAAACUGACCCUAAAUAUUUCAGUAAAGGGUUACACAGCAGUGCAGAAUUAGCUGAUGCAGGUGCAAUAUUAGCAUUAAGAGCUCUAGGUUGGGGUACACUUUAUGCUAUAACUGGAACUUCUUGUUUAUGUUAUGGAAUAUGGAAACUCUCUGGUGCAACCAAUUUAAAAGAUUUUAGAAUAAGAAUGGGUAAUAUAUUACCAGUUCUUCCAAAGAAUAAUCCACCACAGUCAAGAACUGAAUUCAGUGGAUUGAAUGAUUUAUUAACAUAUUUAUCAGAAGAAUAUGGAAAAAAAUCUGUUGACGACAAAUAAAAUAAUGAAUUAAUUUGUUAGUACAUUUUAAUAAGUAUAUUUAUAGUUUAAUUUAAUAAGUCUUGUUUUAAAAUAAACUCUUUCUUGUA